GCACCAAUGCACACCUUAAGAGACACAUCAGAAUCCACACAGGAGAGAAGCCUUUCAGCUGCUCUGAGUGUGGGAGAAGAUUUGGCUUCAAGGGAAGUCUGAAUAGACACAUGAUAACUCACACAGGAGAGCAACCUUUCAGCUGCUCUGAGUGUGAUAAACGAUUUGGUCAGAAGGAACAUCUGAAGUUACAUAUGAUAAAUCACACAGGUGAAAAACCUUUUAGCUGCUCAAUCUGUAAGAAAUCUUGUACACAGAGUGGAGAUUUACAGAAACACAUGAGAAUCCACACAGGAGAAAAACCUUUCAGCUGCUCAGUUUGUAAAAAAUCAUUUACACAGAGUGGAGCUUUAAAGACCCACAUGAGAAUCCACACAGGAGAGAAACCUUUCAGCUGCUCUGAGUGUGAUAAAAGAUAUUGCCAGAAGUCACAACUGAAGAACCACAUGAUGACUCACACAGGAAUAAAAGCUUUCAGCUGCUCAGUUUGUAAGAAAUCUUUUACACAGGGAGGAAGUUUACGGUCACACAUGACGGUCCACACAGGAGAAAAACCUUUCAGCUGCAGUGUUUGUAAUACAUCUUUUACACAUAGUGGAAGUUUACAGAAACACAUGAGAAUCCACACAGGAGAAAAACCUUUCAGCUGCUCUGAGUGUGGUAGAGCUUUCACUGAACGUGGAACCCUGAAGACACACAUGAGAAUCCACACAGGAGAAAAGCCUUUCAGCUGCUCAGUUUGUAAGAAAUCUUAUACAGAGAGAGGAAGUUUACGGGCACACAUGGCAGUCCACACAGGAGAGAAAAGAUUCAGCUGCAGUGUUUGUAACAAAAGAUUUGCCUGGCGUUAUGAUGUCAAAAGACAUAAGUGUGUUGGUCAGAUGGAAACAGAAGCUGAUGGAGAGGACUGUGGAGGACCAGAACCAGCCAGGAACUCACAUCCACUUUUACAACCAGAGACUGAAGACCAGACUGGAGACUCUUCUGAUCCUGAGACUGGUGACAUGGAAUAAUGUUUGUGCCUUUAA